AUGGACGCCUACCCCCAACCAUAUGUCGCCGAUAACCUGCCAUUCAUUCUACUUUGCGGUCUCGAGGCCGACGGCGCGCGGACGGACCUAGAAGCGACAGACACAAAAUAUCCUCUUCUGAAAGAAAAUGGGAUCACAAUAGAAUCCGAUUUUCCACCAUUAGAGGGGCAGAUUGCAAAGGAGAUCCGGCAUGUUUUCCUCAGUGAAGCUGCCCCGCGAACCUCUCAGUAUGAUGCCAUUGAAGGAAGCUCCAAAAUUGAAUAUAGAGUCAAGUCCAUCCGAAGGAAUUAUAGACUUCCGCCGCGCAAGGCUAAUCCUCCUCCUGCGUCGCCCACAACAAGUCCGACAGAUAGACAUGACCAUGGAUCCCCAAUUGUCUUGCAUUCGCCUAUAUCCCCGUUGACACCCAGUUCCCCGACCUUUCCCGACGGCAUCAUGACACCUCUAUGGGCUGCAAGACACCAGGAUUUGGUCCCCGCCGCAGUGAUAAACUUCUUCCCUUUUUGUCUUGACUCAAAUAUGAGUUCCCUGCGCGACAAUCAACUGAAGAUAGAAAUCAAUGGGCUGAAGAAAGAAUGGUCCUCUUCGGGUUACAAGACCCGCUUCAUUGUUGUGCUUGUAUCAGAGGAACCUACCGGAGAUGACACGGGAGACUUCGAUGAUCGUGUCUUAGGGAUUCGGAGAGCAACCAGUCUCGAACAGAAAUCACUAUUCGUUUUCCCGCCUGGCGUGAGUCCCGAGGAGCUCGGAGAAAUCACAAGAUCACUAUUAUCCAUCCUGCAUCCUUCGUUGAUGGAGUACUAUAGAGACCUGUCCAAACACGCUCGGAGGAAACGAAAUAGAAGCAGUAUACCGCCCCCAACGGCACCACCAACAAGUGGAACGUCUCAGACAUUAUCGCUCCAAGGAUGGAAUACUCGAUAUGAAUUCAAAAUGGGGGUCUUUGCGGAAUUUCGGCAAGAGAUUGACGCGGCUCUGAAGAACUACGAAAGCGCAUACGAAACUCUCUUCGGGCAAGAGGUUUUCGAGAACAUUGCUGGCUGGGACCCUAAGUUCAAUGAUGCCCGUCUGUUAAGUGAUGCGCUUGCCAUACGUGUAAUACGCUGCUUGCUGUAUACUGGACAUACAACUUCUGCAGUACAAUUCUGGGUGACUCACCGGAGUCGCUCACAAGAUAUACUGAACAGACGUGGCAAAGGUACAAGAAGCUACGGAUGGGAAGCUUGGGAAGCUAGAUGGUCAUCAGUGAUGGCUCAACUUAUCCAUCAAGUUGGGAUACCUCAGUUGAUACCAUUCGGAGUCUCUCAAAAUCAGUCCAAUGAGCACAAUUCAAUAUUUGUGUCACACGAGAAAAUAUACCCUCUACCAAAUGAAGUCGCGCCGUGGGAGCAGCUUCACCACGAGGGAUACUGGCUAUACCGUUCAGCAAGGCACACCAUGUACCGGCGAGCGUUGGCGGAGCAGAUCCCAGCAGAAGAUCGGACACCGCCGGGGCAGUCUCCUGCAUCUCAGAUAGCGAGCAAGGCCUAUCUUUAUGACACAUAUCUCGCUCCGGAGACUCACGUCGAGACUGCACGUCCCGAGGACGGCGGUAUUGACCAUUCGACGCUCAUUUUAGAUGCUCUCAAAGCGGCGCUGGUUGAGUUUUCAAAGCGGAGCCAAGUGCGGAUGACGGAGAGACUUAGCUUGGAAAUUGCGGAAGAGUAUAUGCGCUCAGGGUCCUGGCCGGAAGCUUAUGAGACACUUUAUCCACUCUGGCCGGCUCUUACUUGGCGGCGCUCUGGGUGGUGGCAUCUCAUGGAUAAAUUCGCCUGGGCCUUGAGGGAAUGCGCGUUGCGAGUCCAAGAUAGUGAAACGAUCCUUAGAAUCGAUUGGGAACUCUUAAACUGGGGUAUGAAUUCCUUGUAUUUCUUCGCUGGCGGUUCUUGUUCUCUAACCUCCAAUCGCCCUUUAGCUUUCCCACCGCGGCCUGACUGGCACUACAAUAUUCACUGGAGCCUUGCAGAACUUCCUCCAGAGAAACCGAAGCCGUCAGUCGUUGUUAAAGCAGAGGAUAUCGUCUCGAGCGUCAUCGCAACAUUUAAUUUCCGGAAAGCCGAGGGCAAUGUUGGAGAGCCUUUACAGGGCCAACUUGUCUUAAGGUCCUGCGCCCAAAAGUCAUCUGCUCCUAUUAGGCUUGCGGAAUUAAAAAUAGCCUUUGAGGGUUGCCUUCGUCCAAUCCGGCUGCAGUCGAACCAGAAUACACAUGCGGAUGCGAGUACUCCAAGCCUCAUUUCGUCGCCUUCGCUGCAUGACCCGAGCGCUAUAUCCGACUCAUCGGUCCUCCACUCACCCACAAGUGCCCUGGCCGCACUCACUGGCAUCGCAGACUUGACGAUUGGGCCCUCUCAAACCAAAGUGUAUAAUCUGACCUGUAUACCUCGGGAAGCUGGAGAGUCUCGGGUAGCUUCAGUGGCGCUUCUGGUUGCGGAAGAGAAAUUCGACCUUACGUGCGCAAUCACUGAUCUGACACAACAAGAAGCAUUCUGGUGGGAGCAGACCGCAAGGGGCCCGGCACGAAGGCGGGCGGGCAAGGGUCGUGAUGUUAACCGCUGCAAAGUCCUACCCAAGCCGCCUAAGAUCCGGAUCACGGUUCCGAAUAUCAAAGACACGUACUAUACAAAUGAGCGUAUCCUCCUCGAUCUUGUGAUUGAUAAUGAAGAAAAUGAGGCGGCUGAUAUUGUUGCUGAAGCAAGACUUUUCGGCAGCUCAGACUCCUCAAUCACGAUAUCAUGGCUCGACCAGGAGGGCCUGAACAAUGCAUCUCUUGACUCAGGGUCUGAUACACCGGUGGAGGAGUUAUCUCACUUCGUCAAACGGUCAGUUGGAGUGAUACAAAGCUCUUCCAGAUGUAAGCUACCGAUUGUGCUUUCCAGUAGCGAGAACAGUUUUGAGUACGAGCUCGAAGUAUCCGCUUUAUACAACCUUGUUUCAGAUAUCCAUACACCCAUUAUUGCUACUGCGCGGUUAACCAUAUCCAUAAUCCGGCCAUUCGAGGCGAACUAUGAAUUCCUUCCUCGCGUCGACUCCCUGCGGUGGCCGGAUUUUUUCGCGGUUGAUGAUGACUUGACCGGAUGUCAACAAGAUCGAAAGCCGAGAGGACUGCGACAAAGAUGGUGUCUCGAUACGAAGGUCGUUUCUUUCGCCCGCGAGGCUCUGAUCAUUGAGGAAAUGUCCAUUGCUACACGAGGUAUUAACGGAGGUGUCCUUUCUCAUAUCGGGCCCGAGAUCGUUGCCAACCCAGAGGCGCCGGAGGUUCGUCCUAAAGAGCUUCGACAGUCUUCCUUCGUCUUGGAUAUCCAGAAAAUGAUCCUGGGUGACAGGCGCCCCACGUCGCUUAGCCUGGCUCUGCAGAUCCAGUGGCGGAGAAGUGGCAAAGAAAAUGGCUUAUCCGGCAACAGCAAUAACCUCGCGACUACUGAACUCGCGAUUCCGCGAUUUGUGAUACCAGCCGGCGAGCCCCGUGUGCUAGCGUCGGCAAUUCCCUCGCAGAAGCUUUCCGGCUUGGUGCAUGUGAAGUACACGUUGGAGAACCCGUCGUUGCACUUUCUCACCUUCAACUUGACCAUGGAAGCUAGUGAACAUUUAGCUUUCAGCGGCCCAAAGGUAAUGGUAGUUCAACUAGCACCUGUGAGUCGACACACGGUCCGUUACAAUAUUUUGGCAUCCAAGAAAGGCUUAUGGAUCCAGCCGCAGCUGCUCGUGGUGGACACAUACUUCAAUAAAUCUCUACGGGUGCUCCCCACGGAAGAUAUGCGGUCAGAUAAAAAGGGCAUCUUGAUAUGGGUCGAUGCUGAGGAUUGA